UUGGUCGCAACGUGCGCGCGAUUCGACGUCGGUUUGUGUCGAGUCGACGAAAGUCGAGAGCUGCUGCUGUCGGGUGGUGGAAACCGUGAUAACAUCACGUGUACUACGGCCACUUGCCUCGUAUAAGACGGGUUUCAGAGUAAAAACUGCACUCGAAGAGGAUAUCCGCCGGUGCUGCACCAGCAUUCAAAUCUCAAGACACGCCGAGCAAUAUGGGCAAGGAUAAUCUCACCGCGGUGCUUUACAAAAUAAACGACCUCCGACUGGAACAAACUGACAUUCCAGAGCCGAAAGAUGAUGAGGUACUGCUGGAGAUGUCUUGCGUUGGGAUUUGUGGCUCCGAUGUUCAUUACCUAGUGAACGGUAGAAUAGGCGACUUCGUAGUUAAUUCGCCGAUGAUCAUCGGCCACGAAGCAGCUGGAAUUGUCAGCAAGCUUGGGAAGAAUGUGAAAAACCUCAAGGUUGGCGACCGUGUCGCUAUCGAGCCGGGCGUACCUUGCCGUGUGUGCGAGUUCUGCAGAAGCGGACGAUACAACCUUUGCCCCGAAGUUAUAUUCUGCGCAACGCCACCCGUUCACGGAAAUCUCAGACGAUUCUACACCCACGCCGCCGACUAUUGUUUCAAGUUGCCGGAUCAUGUUUCCCUCGAAGAAGGCGCACUUCUGGAGCCUCUGUCAGUCGGUGUCCAUGCUUGUCAGCGGGCCGGAAUCACCCUGGGAUCCAAAGUGCUGAUUCUAGGUGCCGGACCCAUCGGCUUGGUCACUCUCCUGGUCGCGAAAUCCCUCGGAGCUACAAAAACCGUGAUUACAGACCUCGUACAGACCCGACUUGACGUGGCUAAGGAUUUCGGCGCCGAUGCGACGCUUUUGGUCCAAAGAUCCGAUGACGAAGCAACCCUGGUCAAGAAAGUUCACGAUCUGUUUGGCUGCGAACCAGACAAGACGGUGGAUGCCUCAGGUGCCGAAUCCUCGACUCGCUUGGCGUUGCUGGCCACUAAGUCGGGUGGCGUAGCUGUGCUCGUCGGAAUGGGCCCACCUGAAGUAAAACUUCCUCUCGUCCACGCGUUGGCCCGAGAAAUCGACAUCAGAGGAGUCUUCCGUUACGUUAAUUGUUAUCCAACCGCAUUGGAUCUCGUUGCAAGUGGAAAAGUUAACGUGAAACCGUUGAUAACGCACAACUACGACAUCGAGCAAACGCACGAAGCAUUCGAGACAGCAAAAACGGGCCGUGGCGGUGCUAUAAAAGUGAUGAUUCACUGCAAACGUUCUUGAGAUAUAAUUUAUUUCAUAGGUGUUGCUAUGGUUGCCGUCAAAUUUUUUAGAAUAAUUUAUUUUUGCUUCGGGCAUAUGUUAAAUUACCAAAUAAGCAGAUAAAAAAAAAAAAGAGGAAAUAUAAUUUUAAAAAAACUCAUUCCGUCGCAGUGUACUUGAUGUUGAAAAAUCAACAAUCCUGUGAUAUAUUGUAACGCGUAACGGGUAUCAAUUAUGUGUAGAAAGAGAGAAAAAGAGAGAGAGUUUUGUCAAUGAAGGUAAAAAACAACCACAUUCAAUGUCUAGUAACAAUCAAGUUCAACGAGUUCGAUCUAAAAACGUGAUAAACAAAAAAAUAAGACAAAAAUAAUAAUAACAAUAAUAAUAAUAAUAAUAAUGAAAUAAAACGAGAACAAUAAGAUAAAAAUACUAUGGUACAGAAUGGAUAAAUUUAUUCCAGUUGUUGAAAAACACUUAAUUUUCCUAAAUAACAUAUUUGCGUGACUGUACAAGUGAGCAAAACCUUUGGAAAUUAAUCAACCUUGUAUAUAUCUUCACCAUCUUUCUAUACUGCAAAAAUAAAUAGUACAUUAUGUAACAAGGGAAUAAAGUCGACUUUUAUUCCUGCGUUACAUGUAAGACUUUAUUUUCGACUCAACUCUGGACGGAAUAUUUAUUUGAAAAUUGGGACUUUUAAAUUGGGCUCAUGUUUCCCGCAAAUGCGUUUUAAGAAAAAAUAUGCCACUUUUGUCCCUCUUUUGAGGUCAGAAAAGUUAACUUUACGGUUGAGUCGGAAACAAGUAUAGUAAAAUAAAGUGCGGCAAUAAAACUUUGUAUAAACUCACCCGAUGGAAGAAUUUAUUGUAAAAUAAAACUAUUAAAAAUUU